AUGGACCUCGAUGGGAAGAACCAGAGGAGGAUUCUGGCUGGGGUGGGAAGACCGAUCCUGCUCGACUUUCAUUAUAGAGAGGAGAGAGUUUACUGGGCUGACAAACAAAGUGGGGUCAUUUACAAAGCAUCAGCGGGUGGAGCACACAGACAGAAACUUUCAUCUGACAAACAUAUCUCCGGCCUCGCAGUUGACUGGCUUUGGAACAGAGUAUAUUGGACAAGUGAAGAAAAGGGAAAAAUCAAGGCAAUGGAUAUAAACGGGAAAAAUGAAAGGACUCUUUUAAGACACUUGACCAAACCAAGUAACAUAAACGCUGACCCUACUAACAGGUUUCUUUUUUGGCUCUCUGGUGGGAUGACUCCGAGUAUCCAGCGGUGUGAUGUGACAGGACAGAUGAAAACUACACUUAUAAAGAUAGCAGAAAAACUGGAAGCACUGUCCAUUGACCGAGAGGAAAAAAGACUGUUCUGGGUUCAGUUUGGUCUACAAGGAGAAAGUGCCAUUGCUUCUUGUGAUUACAACGGGAACGUUCUGCACAUCAUAGAUCAGCCUCUUAGGUCUCAGUCAAUGGGGAUAUCCGUUUUUCUGGAGCACUUGUACUACACUGAUGCUGCUACUCGGCUUAUAAAACAAGUAAACAAAUACACUGGCGGAGCACCACUGAACUUAAAACAAACCGCAAAACCCCCAGGUGCUAUCAAGGUGGUACACCCCCUCAACCAGCCAAUGACAGACUACCAAUCAUCAUCCCCAGGUUGUGACGAACAGAGUGGAAAUUGCAUGAAUGUUUGUUCCAGUAUAGCCGAGAAAGGGAUCUGCCAGUGCAGUGAAGGCUUUGCUCUAAAUAAGCAAGGCACUCAUUGUGAAGACGUGAAUGAAUGUGCCCAUUGGAACCACGGCUGCUCUCUUGGUUGUGAAAACAUCCCAGGCUCCUAUUUCUGUAGCUGCCCUAAAGGAUACGCUCUCCUACCGGACAGGAAGACAUGUGGAGAGAUCAUCCCAUGCAGAGGGAAUAUCACGUGUGGCCAUGGAUGCCUGACAACAGACGAGAGGGAUGUGUGUGUGUGUCCGGAGGGAUCGUCUCUGCAGGAGGAUGGACAAGCCUGUACUGGCUGCUUGUCUGCAGACAGAGGGGGGUGCAGUCAGCUCUGCACUCCUGUCACUCCUGCUAGGUGGCAGUGUGGAUGUCUGCCGGGAUACCAGCUCCACCAAGACGGCAAACGCUGCAUCGCCACUGGUCCACCACCAUAUCUACUAGUUGCUAAUUUUGACAACGUACGGCAAAUUGAUCCUGAUGGCUCUGGUGAUCAAACAGUUGUGGAAGAGCCCAGAGGAGCAAUCAUAGCUUUGGACUAUGACCCUGUCCAGCAAAAUGUGUACUUUGCUAGUACAAGCCAGAAGACAAUUGAGAGUGUUAAUUUGAACAGCGGGUCGAGAGACAUUCUCGUCUCUGAUGGUUUGGACUCUCCAGAAGGACUGGCGAUAGACUGGAUCCACCGCAGGAUGUACUGGACCGAUACAAGCCAGUCAACUAUUGACUGCAGUAACUUGGUUGGACUGAACAGAGAAACCAUUAUAAGCAAAGGGCUGGAAAAACCAAGAGGAAUUGCAGUUCAUCCUUUGGCAAAGAAGUUAUUCUGGACUGAUAUAGGGGCUGUGCCUGUCGUGGAAAGUUCCUCUUUGAAAGGGAAGCACCGUGCUGUCAUUGCUAGCACUAACCUUGUGUCACCAAGCGGCCUGACCAUCGAUUUCCCGGAGGAUCGUCUGUUCUGGUGCGACCAGAGCACGGGCCUGGUGGAGACGGCUGCUCUGGACGGUUCAGAUCGACAAGUCCUGGUAGAGAACCAAGUAGGACGACCUUUUGACCUUGCCGUAUUUGAGGACAGGUUGUGGAUAUCCGAUCGGGAGCACCAGCAGCUGAGGAGCGUCCACAAGCGCACUGGGAGAAAACUGCAACGUAUCCAUGGGAACAUGGUCCAACCGGCAUCCAUUGUGGUGGUUCAUCCCCUUGCUAAACCAGGGGCAGAUGUUUGCCUUCACCUGAACGGAGGUUGUGCCCAGGUGUGUAAAAGCAAACUGGGAUUGGCGCACUGCUCCUGUCUGCCACGCUACAUCCUAUCAUCUGACGGGAAAAGCUGCCUGCCUGAGGAUGCAACUAACGGAACAGCAGAAUCUGGAGACAGUGAGUCCUCAGAUUUAACAUCUCUCAAAAACAAAACCUUCAACGAUGAGGGCACCCCCUUGACCCCGGAGCUGUCAGCGGAUAAAGCCCGGGAUGAUCUAGACUCUGAAGAAGACAACGAUCCAACUCGCUUCACAGACAAGAUGGUUUCCGACCAGCAUGAGUGUUACUCUCUUCGCUGUGAUGUUAAUGCAGAGUGCCUGCUGAGUGCUGGCAGCCCGACCUGUCUCUGUCUAGAAGGUUUUACAGGUGAUGGACAGGUCUGUGCUGAUAUUGAUGAGUGCAAACAGGAAAAGCACAAAUGUGACAAAAAUGCAGAAUGCCAAAAUGCCAUGGGAAAUUAUCUCUGCAAGUGCCAAGCUGGAUAUUAUGGCAACGGGAAGACAUGCCAAGAGUUGGAGACCACGACACCAUGGCUGAUGACCGGUAGUCCAGCUGAUGUCACCACCGGGCACCACAACAGUAACUCCGUAGAGAGUUGCCCCUCCUCCCAUGAGUCCUACUGUCUGUACCAGGGUGUCUGCGUCUACUUCACUGAAAUGGAGUCCUAUGCUUGCAAUUGUGCACCAGGCUAUAUGGGGGAGCGUUGCCAGUUCAGUGACCUGGAGUGGUGGGAGCUUCAGCAGGCCGAGGAGGAGAAGAGGAGGAACGUGGUGAUCGCGGCCUGCAUGGUGCUCCUCGUCUCCCUGCUCUCCAUCGCUGCCUGCGCCACCUACUGCUACGGAACUAGAAAAUUCUUCCACAAACAGCCCUCAGUGGAUAAUGUGAGUGAGACCAGCGUGACAGAUGAGAGCAUGUCAGAGACCACCAGCGUGCCUCGGUUCUACAUGGUGGCAGAAAACGGCAUGAUGGGAAAGAUCAUCCCUGCCAUGGGCUGUCCCAGAAGAGCCGUCUGUACAUCCUGCUCUUCAGAAACAGGUGACAACCCUGUGUCUGAAGGGUCGGGAACAUUGUCCCAACACAACAGAGGGUACGAGUGUUCCAUGGUGUCUGCUGUUGCCAUGGAGACCACGCAUCCACAUGUCCAUCACUCAAGUCAAUCACCGUCUAGCUCAUACCGAGUGGUGCAGGGAUGAAGGUGUUACGUAAGCCGACCAAGAAGUUAGCAUUUGGAGGAGCUCCCUCGAAAAGCCAUUGGAUUUUCUAUUGGAUUUUAGAUAAUUGCAGAAAAUAAGCUCAGUGACAAAUCAAUGUCUAU